AUGGUCAUUUUUGUGCUAUUAGUGCUGCUGCCCACGGUGUUGGACCAACAUCUCAUUGGUCAAUGUUCCAUCAAAAACCCUGUUCCUAUUUUUCACAAAUAUUAUCAAUCAGGGGACCUCAUCAUUGCUGGCAUUAUGUCCUUGGUCUUUACACUUUCAAAAACCAUAACCUUUGAAAACCACCCCUCUCUGGAACUUUCUGAUGACCAUAUGCUAAUGACACAGCUCUACCAGCACGUCAUGGCCUUGGCAUUUGCUAUAAAUGAGAUCAAUGAAAACACCCAAAUCUUACCCAAUGUCAGCCUGGGCUUCCACAUCUAUAAUGGUGAUUUCAGUCCAAGCUGGACCUAUCUUGCCUCAUUGGAACUUCUCUCUAGACGAGACAGAUUCAUCCCAAACUAUAACUGUGAUGUUGAGAAUAUCCCAAUAGCAGUCAUUGGGGGACCUAACUAUGAGUUCUGCAUCCACAUGGCAACUGUCCUAUCUAUGUACAAGAUGCCACAGCUCACCUAUGGCUCUACUCCUAUGCGGAAUAAUAAAAUCAAAACUAUUUUCUUCCACUGGAUGUUCCCGGAUGGAGCUCAUCAAUACGAUGGGAUUCUCCAGUUACUUUUGCAUUUCAAAUGGACAUGGGUAGGGGUAGUUUCUCUGGAUGAUGAUCAGUCAGAGGAAUUUGUACAGAACGUUCUUCCUAAGUUUUCCCAGAAAGGCAUUUGCUUUGAUUUUAUAGAAAGAUUCCCAAAACUAACAUCUUCCAAUGACUUGGAUGAAAUGGUGGAAGAAGGUUUUAAAACAAGUAUCAUUGUUUUGGAAAGCUCUACAAAUGUUGUCAUUGUGCAUGGUGAAAUUCAGACAAUGAUGACAAUGAGAACUCUACCCAAGAUGGCAGAAACAGAGGAUUUAUCAAUGGAAAUGAAGACCAAAAUCUGGAUUAUGACAGCCCAGAUGGAUUUCACAUCAUAUUCCUUUCAAAGAAGUUGGGACAUACAUUUCAUCCAUGGUGCUCUAUCCUUUGCAAUUCACUCAAAGGAUCUUCUAGGUUUCCAAGGAUUUCUUCAGAUGAGAAACCCUAACUUGGUAAAAGAAGAUGGUUUUAUCAAGAUUUUCUGGGAAGAGGCAUUCAACUGUUCUUUACCCCAUCCUUCCUUAGACAAGGAAGUUGGGGGAUUCUGCACUGGGGAGGAAAAGCUGGAGACUCUUCCUGAGUCUGUUUUUGGAAUGAGCAUGAAUGGCCAUAGUUACAGUAUCUACAAUGCCAUCCAUGCUGUGGCACAUGCUUUGCAUGUCAUGCAUUCAUCCAAAUUCACACAUAGAAUGAUGAUAGAUGGAAUAAGGUGGAAACUUUCAGAUCAACAGCCAUGGCAGAUCCAUCCAUUUCUGAGAAGUGUCUCAUUCAACAAUAGUGGUGGGGAUGAGGUUUCCUUUAACCAAAAUGGGGAAUUAGUAACUGGAUUUGAUAUUGACAAUUGGGUCACAUUCCCCAACCAGUCCUUUCUUAGAAUUAAAGUUGGAAUGACGAAUCCACAGGCUCCCCCAGAAAAGAUGUUCACCAUUCAUGAUGAUGAGAUUAUUUGGCCCAAGAGAUUCAACCAGGCACAACCCAUUUCUCUGUGUAAUCAGAAUUGUCAUUUAGGUUACAAUAAGAGAUCAAAGGAAGGGAAGUCAUUUUGCUGUUAUGACUGCCAGCUAUGUCCAGAAGGAAAGAUUUCCAAUGAAAAGGACAUGGCUGAGUGUUUCGAAUGCCCAGGGAAUCAGUAUCCAAACAAUAACAAGGAUGGGUGUGUUCCAAAAGGGAUAACCUUUUUGUCUUAUGGCGAACCUUUGGGGAUCAUUUUAGCCACUUUUGCUCUGUCUUUUUCUUCUGUCACAGCUUUGGUGCUUGGAAUCUUCAUGAAGCACAAGGAGACUCCCAUAGUCAAAGCCAACAACCGGAACCUCAGCUACACUCUCCUCAUCUCCCUCCUGCUCUCCUGCCUUUGUGUCUUCUUGUUCAUGGGACAACCAGAAAAGCUGCCAUGCCUCCUUCGACAAACUGCUUUCGGCAUGAUCUUCUCAGUGGCCGUGUCUUGCGUAUUGGCCAAAACCACCAUUGUGGUUCUAGCUUUCAGGGCCACCAAACCUGACUCCAAGAUGAGGAAAUGGAUGGGGCAACGGUUGGCUAGCUACAUUGUUCUUUCAUGCUUCCUUAUUCAAGCCACGAUUAGUAGUAUGUGGCUGGCAAUUUCUCCCCCAUUCCCAGAUUGUGACAUGCACUCAAUGACAAAAGAAAUCAUACUGGAAUGCAAUGAAGGCUCAACUCUCAUGUUUUACUCUGUCCUGGCCUUUAUGGGUUUCCUGGCCAUUGUCAGCUUCACGAUAGCUUUUUUAGCCAGGAAAUUACCAGACAGUUUUAAUGAAGCCAAAUUUAUCACCUUCAGCAUGUUGGUCUUCUGCAGUGUGUGGCUAUCUUUUGUUCCAACCUACUUGAGUACCAAAGGGAAAUAUAUGGUGGCUGUGGAGAUCUUCUCUAUCUUGGCUUCCAGCACUGGGUUACUUGGUUGCAUCUUCUUCCCAAAAUGUUAUGUCAUUUUGCUGAAGCCUGAAUUGAACAGCAGAGGACAGCUAAUUAACAGACGUAAUUAA